AUGGAGAAGGUAGCAGAGCCGUCUUGGACCUCUUCGUACACCUAUCAGGUGAGCAAGCACAGCGCGGAGAUGCUACACAACCUGAACGCACAGAGGAAAGAUGGAGGCAGGUUCUGCGAUGUGGUCCUCCGCGUCGGCGAGGAGAACUUCCCGGCGCACAGAGCGGUCCUGGCGGCGUGCAGCGAGUACUUUGAGUCGGUCUUUACCCGACAGACGGAAGGGGACGCGAAGGAACUUGAGAUGCACACCAUCAGCCCCAAAGUCUUCAGAGACAUACUGGACUUUGCCUACACCUCCAGAAUUGUUGUGCGCUUGGAGUGCUUCCCUGAGUUGAUGACUGCUGCGAAGUUUCUGCUCAUGCGCUCCGUCAUUGAGAUCUGUCAGGAGGUGAUAAAACAGUCUAAUGUGCAGAUCCUGGUGCCCACUCUCCGAGGCAGCGACGCCAGUCUGUUUCAGAUCCACCCCGAGCCCCCUUCACUCAGUCUCUGUGUGCCUCCCCAGGAUCUGAUCAACGGGAUGCAUAUGGUGAACGGACAGACACCAAGUGACUUGGGUGGAAAUGAAGCCUCUGGCGCUGUGCUCCUGGAAGAGGAGCCCACCAUGCCAACAUUACAGCCUGUAGACGGGCUCUCUCCGUCCAUGGAGAUAGCUGGAGCUUUGCUUCAUCACAACAAUGGCUCCCCCAGCUCCAAGCGGAGUAAGAGUAGCCCAAAGAAACCCGGAGUGGACACUGUUCAGUUGGAUCCGCAGAAGGACAUUGGACUGUUUCCUUGCAGGACUUGUGGAAAAGCCUUCACAGAAGCUUCACGUUUAAAGAACCACGAGGCCCAGCACGGAGCGUCUAGUGCAGGUGUCCCCAGCCUGUUGGCCCCCGGGGGGGUGGGCCUGGAGGAGAACGGGGUGCACGGAACCCUGACUCAAGACAGCAACCGAAAACGUGAGCGCUCCCGAAGACACGUGGGUUGUGAUAUUUGUGGGAAAGUGUUCAGGGACGUGUAUCACUUGAACAGACACAAACUCUCACACUCCGGGGAGAAACCGUACGCCUGCCAUGUGUGUGGACUCCGGUUCAAGCGUAAGGAUCGGAUGUCUUAUCAUGUGCGUUCCCACGAUGGUUCCGUGGGUAAGCCAUACGUGUGCCAAAGCUGUGGGAAAGGCUUUUCGAGGCCAGAUCACCUGAAUGGGCACAUAAAACAGGUUCACACAACAGAGAGACCUCACAAGUGCCAGGUUUGUAAUGCCUCUUUUGCUACAAGAGAUCGCCUCCGUUCUCACCUCGUAUGUCAUGAAGAUAAAAUCCCCUGUAAGGUUUGUGGAAAGUUUCUACGGGCUGCAUACAUGGCAGACCACCAGAAAAAACACAGUGAUGGACCUCAUAACUUCUGCAGCAUUUGUAACAAAGGGUUCUCCACUGCCUCAUACCUUAAAGUGCAUAUAAAGAUGCACCAUGGCACCCCUCUGCCCCCCUCCUUCGCUGACUCGAGCGUAGAGCAGCAGAUACACCAUGGCACUCCUUACCACAUGGGACGCCAGUGCGCAGUGGAAGACCUGUGCACCAGUCGGCAGCUGCAGCUCACCUUGCCUGAGGCAGAGGGGCGUUUUCAUGGCCUUUCUGGACACACUCUGUUUCCACAGCCUGGCCCUCCAGUGGGCUCGCAGCCUGAGCUGCUCAUUGGGAAGCCAGGUGGGGCUUCAUAUUUCUGGGAGUGUCGCUCUGGGCUGCCUGGCUUCCCAGUCCAUGGCUCUGCCACAGACGGACAGGAAAACGCAGACAAAUGCCCACAUCUAGAGUCAGAGGAAUCGGACCCAUCAUUUGGAGAACUUUCAAAUGGAGAUGACCUGAAAUCUCCUCUCAAGUCUGAUGCGCCGGACACUGAAAUGCCCACACUUGUCUGCAACGGAUCACCUGUGGAGACCGUGGGCUCCCCCGAACCCAAAGCAAAGACAGAACCGGAGAAGAGGUUUAUCUGCAACAUCUGCGGCCAAGCCUUCCGCACAAAAUCCUACCUCAACAAGCACCAGCACAGAGUUCACAAACAAAAGGCCCAGGCAGCGUCCGGCCUGGGUGAGCUGGCUCCUGCCUUGUCCUCGCCCUUCUCCCCUCAACAGAACAUGUCUCUGCUCGAGUCCUUUGGUUUUCAGAUUGUGCAGUCUGCAUUUGCCUCUUCUCUGGUGGACGCAGACGCAGGCCAGAGUGGGCUUGACUUUGGAAGCAAGUGA